CAUCCAGAUGGUUUGCAAUCAACAAGUGAAUUUGUGAGCUUCAAUUGAACAGGCACCGAGUGAAUAUGCUUCCGAAAAGUGGUGAUAGAAUGUCCCAUCCUGUGGCACUUCGUGCUCAUGCUAUUCCAUUUCCGGCUUCGUUUGAAGGUAUCUCCUGGAGUCACAAAUUUGGAUCUCUCAACCGGAGGCGACGUCAUGAUCCGUCGAUGGUCAUCACUUCCUGUCCGCAUCUGGAAGUGCGGGAUUGGCUGAAGCGACUGAACCUGGAGGACUGUUAUGAAAAAUUCAAGCAGUUCAAUGGCGUGGAGGACUUCCUGUACUACAGCGAGGCAGACAUUAAGAAAUUGGGCAUCCGAAACAAUGCUCAUCGGGCGCGGAUCGUCAGCAGCCUGGUGGCACUGCGGGAAAAACCUUCGACAGGUAGCCUGCAUCGAUCGGAAACGCUGAAAAAAUCGAUGCGCCAUAGCAUGGCAGCAGACUUGGCCAAGAAAAGUGCAACCGGAACCGAAGAUGCGGCAACCUAUGAGUGUCUGACGGUUGGAAAAACGAAGCAGAGCAAAAGUCUGGGCGAUCUGUUAGAAAUGUCGAUGCUUCCGGGUAAUAAUGUGAUCGGCAGCGACGUCCCAACUAAACGUCGAACGAUGAGCGAUAGCAAAACGAGAGCAACGACCGAAACUCGCGGUUCAAGACCGGUCAAAUGUGGCUUCCUGGUGUUUGCUCACUUUGCUAAAAUCGACCGCAGUGUAUGCAUAAGCCAAGAUUGCGAAAACUACAUGAGUGCAAAUAACAGUCAGACACCAACAUUUUUGCACGUUGUCUUCGAUAUCGUUGUCGAUUUGAGGUCAGAAAACAAUGCCUCCAGCAAUGGCUUCUGGUCACUCGAAUCCGGGAUGACCCUGAUGAAUUUGAUCCAGGGUCCGUUUCUGGAGACUCUUCGAAAUAACGACUCGGUCCAUCAUCAUCACGCAACCGCCAACCAAUGA